AUGAGGCAUCGUCGAGAGACCCCUUCAGCUCGUGUCAGUCGCAUUCACCCGGAAAUUUCGUCGUUACGCAAGCAGGAGGGCACAUCAUCGGUGGCUACGAUCCGCUCUUGGGACUUUACUCCGCAAGUCCACGAAGGCCAGAUGCAUAUGAUGAGUUUCAGGAAGCUACGCGACUCCAACCUCGACAACGAGAGACCACCCGAAUUGGGGCAUUUCAAAGAACACGACUUAGGUUCAAUCCACUACAACAACAAUUUGCCGCUCAAGGUUGGUUGCAACUUCACGACCAGCAAAAGGAACUCCUUCAAGAAACAGGUGACAAUUGCUGCCCUUUCCAUGGUGAUAGUUCUUCACACUGGCGUGUGCGUAACUGCGCUGAAUUUUACCAAAAUGGAAAAGCUGGCGUCCAGCGCGCCUGGUUCGCACGGCUUCCGGCGCUUGCUUAUCGAUUUUCUCAAGUUGUGCGACGAAAUCACCUCGGUGACCCACAGGUCCGCGGGCGCCAUGGCUGAGCAGACACCGGGUUGUGCACUUUUAAGAGGGACGCACUUCUAG